GAUGUUGAAGUUACAUAUGAAGAUCAAAUGAAGAUAAAUUCAUUUGCAAGAAACAAUGCUUCACUGCAAGAUCUAAAAGAAGAACUUGAUUUGAAAAAAAAAAGUCUGCAAAAUCUAGAAGAUGCUGAAUCAGAUGUUUUGAUGAUGGAUGAUUCAGAGGAAACAAAUAUACCUUACCAAAUUGGUGAAUUUUUUGUCUGUUGCAACCAGUCUGAUGUUUUAUUAUACAUUGAAAAAGAAAAAGCUGAUCUAGAUAAAGAUAUAAAAGAAAUGGAAAAUAAAGCAGAUAAUUUUAGAAAAAUUUUGGCUGAUCUCAAAGUUCAGUUGUAUGCCAAAUUUGGUACAAAUAUUAAUUUGGAAGCUGAAGAUGAAUAA